CUUCUUCACUGAGUUAUUCAGUAUUUGAGCCUUCAAGAGAAUAAGGAAAGCCAGACAUUAUAGAGACAGAGGGACAAGGAACUGUUUAUCUCACAGGCUCCCACUUCAAAUCCACAGCAGGUACCCAGGGAGCCUGAAAUUUGGCAUCCAGAUUUUGUUCAACAGUCAGUUAUUUUCAUUAUUCAAUUUCUCACAAAAGAUUGGAAACAUGGCUCCUCUAGCGCAUUGUGACCACUGAUGUCUGUUUCUGCAGAAGUAUUUCCUCCAUGCUUCUUGUUUCUUCAGAUAUUGUUUUUGUUAUGCGCUUAAGAGUUCAUUAAUGUUACUGUGAUUUCUUAGUUGUACCUUCUUUUGGAAUACGAUCACUACUUUUUUGGACUGGAUUUUCUUGAAUCUCCUUCGCUAAUGUUGACCGAACCGUGUGGAACCAUGUCACUGGGCUCAGAUGUUCGCGAUCUGACCCUUUUACAACCUGCACCUCCUGUGCCAUCCUUACCAGGAGCUGGUGGCGGCUGUGGGAUGUCUGUUGGUGGGGGCCCGUGGACCCAGAUGCUGGACCUCCACCCUGGCUCUCCAUACAGCUCCCUGCCCUCCCACCAUUCCCUCAUCAAGCAGGAGCCUGGCUGGGGCACCGCUGAUCCGAUAGAGGACCCUCACUGUGGACUUGGGGCCUUCACAGUGCAUUUCACUGGCCAAUUUACAGGCUCGGGCCCCUGUCGGACCGGGGCCUUUGGAGAACCACCUUCAAACCAGCCAAGAAUGUUUCCCAAUGGAACCUACCUGCCCAGCUGUGUGGACAGCCCUCCUACACCUCGGAAUCAGGGUUACGGAGCAGUCGGUUUAGACAGCAAUCCCAGUUACGGUCACACGCCGUCUCACCACACUCCUCAGCUCUCCAGCCUGUCAUUCAAACACGAGGAGACACUGUCACCGCCAAACAGCAUAGUUGACCAGCAAUUUCCAGCGCCUAAUCCUAUGUUCAGCUGCCAUAAUCCUUCAGACUCUUGUCCGAGCAGCCAAGCGCUGCUGCUGCGAAAUUACAACAGUGAUAACCUGUACCAAAUGGCAUCUCAGCUGGAGUGUGUAACAUGGAACCAAAUGAACUCCUUGGCAUCAUCUAUGAAGAGCGGCCAUCCAACCAGCUAUGACAGUGACCCCAUAGCCCCACCUCCACCCAUGCUUGUCAGCACCCAGUACCACAUACACACCCACGGUGUCUUCAGAGGACUUCAGGAUGUCAGACGGGUAUCUGGUAUCACUUCCCCUGCUGCGAAGACUUCAGAGGCCAGUGAGAAGAGACCGUUUGUGUGCGCUUAUCCCGGCUGCAGCAAGAGAUACUUCAAACUGUCCCAUCUGCAGAUGCAUGGCCGCAAACACACAGGAGAGAAACCAUACCAGUGUGAUUUCACAGACUGUGGACGCAGAUUCUCUCGCUCGGACCAGUUAAAGAGACACCAGCGCAGACACACAGGAGUGAAGCCCUUUCAGUGUGAGACGUGUCAGAGAAAGUUUUCACGGUCAGAUCAUCUUAAGACACACACUCGGACUCAUACAGGUAAAACAAGUGAGAAGCCCUUUACAUGCCGCUGGUCCAACUGUCAGAAGAAGUUUGCCCGCUCUGACGAGCUGGUGCGCCACCACAGCAUGCACCAGAGGAACCUGACCAAGCUGCAGCCUGCCAUCUGAGCAGCAAGAGGAGGAGGAGGAGGACAAAGAGGAAUGUGACAGUAUGUUGUGCCAGCUAGUAGAAAAAGAUGCCUGGAUCCUGGUCAGCGGUUAUGGUGCUUUGCCAGACUUACCGAAGUGGCGAGCGCAGCUGAUGCCUGCGUCAACGUCAAGACUCACAGAUGAUCCCCAAGGUCGUCAAGAUGCACUUCAACCACUACUAGCAAUAAAAGUGCCAUUUUGAGAGGGUAUAAUGCCACAGUAAUGCUGAGCCAAGAUUUUUGUUUUUAACUUCAUGAGAUGAGGAAAAUGUUGACAUACUAUUUUGAAUAUUUUACAACACAUGCACUGGCUUAUUCUUUUGUUUUUAAAAUGGUCUCACCUCUUCAAUAUGUUGGACAUUGUAAACUGGAUUUAGAGCAAUAAGAACAACUCCUCAGUGUUUGUCUGUUAAGUUGAACACAGAGAAUCUUCGGUUGUGGGAAUGUCGACAUCUUUAUCUUCCUAAAGUGUACAUUAGACUGCCCAGAUUGCUUUGUAUAUACUUCAUGUGGUGCAUUUGCUCACAAUAUAUGGUGCCUUUUAUAUUCUUGUGCAUUUAUAAAAUCUUGAGUCACAUCAGUGCACACUUGUGUUGGCGAGAGACAAAGGAGGUGUGGGUGUUGUCAGGUUAAGAGGCCACCUAUGAGACGAGGUGGGGGUGUGAGGUGGGUGACAGACAGUAAAACAGCACCCCUCUGUGACUCUGACAGGGUGCAGAUCUCACCCUCCUAAAUCUCAAGCACACAUCUUCAUAAAUAGGAACAUCUGGAGCCCAAUAAAUCUCAUUAGAAAAGACACAUACCUCAGUGUCAGCAGGCUGCUCUCCACUGACUGCCCCCUUCUACGCAGGCUGGGCCCCAAAAUGCACACAUGCACAUGCUUGAGUUCUUGCUGUACAUAAUAGCCUGCAGUUUAGAACAACACUUUACACCUUUUAUCCACAUGAUGGCAGUGUCAUCCUUUCUCGUCUUGCAAAUGGAACUUGUACUCAGAGUUCUCGACUGUGACUGAAUUCAUAUACUGUUUAUAUUUUACCACCUCAGCCUGAAGAUGUCCAAUUUAUUCUUGCAUGUUGAGUAUCAGUACAGACUAUAUUUCGGUCCGUGAAAUAUACAUGGUUUCAAUAGAAUGUGUGUUUUUCAGCUUAUCUGCAAAUCUAGAGGAAAGGCGAUGGGAUGAUUCAGCUUCAGAGGGUGUGUUAAUAAAAUAUGACUCAGUGUGGGCAGAAAGUGUUGUUGCAUGGCUCAUAGUAUGUUUUAACUGUUAUCAGUGUGCUCGCAUAUGGAAAGCACAGUGUACGUUUAAAGAAGACAUUUAUCCAACAGAAGCCCAAACAGGGUACAGUGUGUACCUGCUCUUUUCACGGCAGCCCUUUUACACUUGACAAAUUAACAAAGAUUAAAAUGCCUUUCUCCUACUUCAGGGUCACGGACGGCUCAUUUGAAGUGCAGAUUCAGGUUGUUUUCCAAUUCCCAUAAUGGCAGGGAGGUAGUAUCUCUGUGAUGUUUUUUUCUGCUUCUUAAUCCAGUGCACUUUGAUUAAGAAGGGCUCGUCUUUGUUCUUACUCAGCGGGGGUGUUGUGAAUUGCUGGAAGAUCAGACGGACAGAGUGAAAGACAGAGCUGAACAUUUUACUCACUUCAGUUCACUCUUUACUGGAUAUUGGCAAGGCUUUCCGGAGCAAGAGGUUCUGAUGCUUUAAAUGUCCUCAGUCUUUACUACCAACGACUAUCACACUCACUCAGAUCUGUGCCCUAUACACUGAUCUUCUGCAUUUCUUUGCGGGCAUGUGUAUUACCCAAACAACACAAUAAAUGUAUGCACUCAGUCCCAUCCUGCCAAAUGUUACCCCCAGUCUGAAUGCAUGAACACACACAUAGGCGUACACACACUCGCUCGCGCACACGCCACCAGAUGCCCCCUCAGCUGUACUGCUGGCAGUUUGCCUUUAAGGGGUGUCGGCAUGGGUAAUCUCAGGUGACGUACACCUGGUAAGGCACAGCCCAAGACAUCUGUAGGACAGCAGGCCUGCUAGCUUCACAGCCUCCACAACCACAUGCAAUGUCCCGAAAAGGUUUCUAUCAAAAGUAAAAGUUAUUUAAAUUCACUGUCACAAGGAAAGCAAAGGAAAAGGUGCAUCUUUUUCAUGAUUUAGUUGUAUGGAACAACAAGCUGUUUUUUGUAGUUGCUUUAAAAAGGAGUGGUCUUAUUUUUCACUAUGUCAUUCGGUGAAGUCCCAGGUGCUUCCAACAUCAGCAUACAUUUCCCGCUGUGUUUCUUUGGGCCAAAAGACGUUAUUUAACCUCCAGGAACUGGAAAGGUCAGUGCACAUGUAGCACACACAGGCUCUUAGGAGCCCCAAGGGAUUGUUAACAAGGUCAACCCUCCAGAGAGACAACUCAGAAGGGUUACAAGGAGGCCCGCAUGCAAAAACAAUGCUGUGCCAACAGGAGGCGCUGUCAGGUAAUGUUCACAUGUUAAGUGAAGCAUGCUGUUAGUUUUAUUCCCAGACAGCUUUCUCCCCCUCCCUUCAGGCUAGCUCUCUGGUGCAGAGCUGCUGCUUCACAGUCUGAGGGGGUCUAGGGGUUCUUGGGGGUAUUCCCUGUAGUAAAGCAGGGAGCCUGAGGGGCUCUGGUAUGUAGGAGCUUUGGGAAUGCAGAGGCCUUGGGGGGCCUGGAGCUCAGAUGGGGCCUACAGGGUAAACUUUCUCACUCAGGGAGCAGAGAUGGAGCAGAUACAGAAAGACAGCGAGGGGAAAACACCUUGAGAGAAGUCUGUUAGACAUGCAGGCAGCAGCCGGAAAGAUCCCAUGAGGGUACACAGACACGGGAACAAACACACACUUACGUAUACCCUAACCACAAACCAAUAUGUGGGACAGCAAGGAGAAGCAGAUAGCACGUUUUAUGUAUUCACGUUCUCAUCAGAAAUUUCAUCUUUUAUCUUCCCAUCAUUUCUCCCUCCUGCUGUCUCUUCUGUGCCACGGGAAGAUAUUAACCUCUAACAGGAUUAGAUGUGUCUCUAUCAUGUGAUCUAGAAGCUCACAAACCAACUCGUGCCCCCUGGGGGAACAGUGGGAUGGGAAAGACCUUGUCUCCCCUCUCCAUCCCAAAGGUAUCCAGAUGCUGGGACAUGGGGAGAGAAAUCCACAGAAAGAGAGAUGAAAAUGUCGACAAAUGGAGCGAGAGAGUCAUUUUGUCCAAAGAUAUCAAGUCUCACGGGGACAGCAUUGUCUACACCCUCACUGUGAUGAAUUUCAAAACAACUCAACUGCGGGCCACUUUGCCCGCCUUUUAAUUAAAACUUGAGAAGUUCCUCUCAGCGUAUAUCAUGUGAGAUAUGCUGCAGCUUGCCAGAAUGUGUGAGUGACUGAAGAAGCCAUUUGAAAUCUGUUUGAAACUGAUUUUGAGUCUUCCUGACCUCAGUCCAAAGGGCUCCCAUUUCUCCUGAGGCAGUUACAAUUAGU